AUACAGUCAACCGGAAGUAAACAAAAAUAUCUCUAGCGGUAGCAAAGUACACAGUGUUGACUGUCGUGUUCCAACACAGACAAAAGACUUGAAAAGUGAAUCACGAAAGCUGACGCUGACAGUGUGUCAAGUGUCAAUACUGAAGUAUUCUUCUCCUGUUUUUUGCUGAAGUGCUCAGCAAUUUGCCUGUCAAAAUGGCUGGAAAUGAGCAAGGGCUGUUCUCAGAUAUUGAGUUUGAGAAAGCCUGCGAUGAGCUCGAUGUUCCGGACGUUUCAGGCUGGGAACAUUUUGUAGAGUCUCAGGGAGUCAAAAUUUACAGACUGUAUGAUGAGACUUCAGGCUUGUACCAGUAUAAAAUCUUUGGGGAGCUGGAUGAUGUCCCCCCUGAUGUGUGUGCCAAGGUCUACAUGGAUCUGGAGUACAGAAAGGAGUGGGAUUCUUAUGCCAAAGAAUUGUUUGUGAAAGAAUGUGAAGGAAGGAAUCUGAUCUACUGGAACAUCAACUUUCCCUUCCCUCUAUGGAACAGAGAUUACGUGUUUGGUCGAGAGUACCGUGAGAUGGAGCAGAACGGUCGCAAGGUGUGGGCUGUGCUGGCCAAGUCCAUCGAGACGCCCUCUGUGCCCGAGAGAAAAGGACUAGUCCGAGUCAGCGACUAUCUACAGAGCGCAGUCAUGUGCUCCAACGGCAAGCAGGGAUCCAGAGCUUUCAUGAAGUAUUUUGACAACCCCGGUGGCAACAUCCCGACCUGGCUCAUCAACUGGGCAGCCAAGACGGGAGUGCCGCAGUUCCUGACCACCAUGCACAAAGCUUGCCGCGGCUAUCCGGAUUUUCUCAAGAAAAAAGAGCAGCAGCAGAAGAGCAGUUGACCUCCGCAGCCGUCUAACCUGACUGAGGGCUUGUCGUUUGUGUUUGACCAUUAUUAUUAUUGUAGCAACAAGUGAUGAAUGGUUUUGGAACUAUGAGAAAAAUGUGGUGGGCAAAGGAGAAUGAUGGUGCCUAAAUCCUGUAGAUGUUUGAAUGUUUUGUUCCUGUUCUUACUGCUUUUAGGUGAUGACCUUGUGUGUGGUAUGAUGAGUUUUGUGCAUAAUCAUACAAUAUAUCUGUCUGUGUAAUAAGAAAUAUGUAGACCUUUGAAUUGUUGGUUUUGCUGAUAAAUCACCUUUUCUUUCUUUUUUUUUUUUGCGGAUAAGCCAUCUUUUCUUUUUAUUGCUGAUAAGCCUUCUUUUCUUUUUAUUGACCUGAGUUUAUUGGUCGGGUGAGCCAUUAAUUUUUUUAAAAUUUACACCAACUUGCCAUGACAUUUUUAAAAGUUUAACAAAGCUAGAGAUUGGCAUACAUUUUUAUAUGAUGUUUCAAGGAUGUGGUAAGAGGGAAGAAAUUCUAAUGAAAUUUUUGUCUCGAUUUUUUUGAGUGACACAAGUUUGUUUUUUUGUUUAUUGUUUUUUUUUGGGGGGGGAGGGGGGGGAUUUUUUCAUAGCAAUUGUAAGACACUUUGUAUUCUUCUUUUCCAUAUUUUUAUAGGGCCACAUAUUUACGUGAGUAUACAUGAAUGUUGUCCCCGUGUCUGUCUAAACAUGACUGCACACACUCUUAGAGCUGUUCAACAGUGCUAGUCUUCCUUCAACUUGAAAACUUGAAGAAUGGUGUGUUUAGAGUAGAGGUGUUUGGAGACAAUUCUUGUGCUUUCCCUUUUGCUUGUGAGAGAGUUAAGUUUGGCUGGGGGUUUUCUUUAGCCCAAGCCAUGUCUUUUGAGGUUAUGGUAUAGCUUCAAAGUUUGAACUUUAGGUUAUGGAUUGUUGUUGUUUUUUUUACAAACUCAAAAUGUUUAACUUACAUCUCCGGCCACUGCGGUGUAUUUGUUUGAUUAACUUGGUCCUGUGGAGAGGUUUGAGGUUCAAAUCUUUUCUUGUCCAUCCUAGAACUAGAAUGUUUGUUUUUUCCUUUGGCCAGGCGUCCUGAAAGGGGACCACCUGCAUUUUCCUCAAACCAACCUCGUUGUGCCUCCGUCGUCAAGACGACAACUUGGAAUUUUGUUGUGGAAAAAGUGAAUUACAGUGGAAUCCACGUGAACUGAAAUCUGCCAGACGGCUGGAUUUUCCUUGUAGCUUAAGAUAUGUUUUCAGUUAAGAAAGAUUGCUCAAAUUGCUAAAAACAAUUUGGGAUUCUAUUUUCUUUCAGUUUAUCGCUCUUUUCCGAUUAGCCGUGUUUGAUUUAAGUGGACUCUACUGUAUUUCCGUUUCCUGAACAGAAAUGAUCUGAGUUUUAAAUCAAAAGAAAUGCUGAUUUUUAUAGUAGUAUUGAUAUUAAUGAUAUCCAUGAUGAAUAUUUCUUUUUAAGAAACGAUUUUACUUCAGGUAAGUACUUGAUCAUGAUAAAGUGUUACCUACCUCAGUUGAUGAUCCCCACUCAAAUCUUCUCUCCUGUGAUCUGUCAUGGCCACAAAGAUUGCGAACAAUCAGCCUUUAUUUAUAUAUUGAUUGAUUGAAAGAGUGCUUUUGAAAGAAGUGUAUUUUCAGAAUGAUUUUUAAAAUGCUUUUCAUCGUCAUGAGAUACAAAAAGUAUUCCUAGGGAUUGGGUGAAGUCACCCAGUCUAUCUCUAUGUUGUGUCUAUAACAGUUAAUGUGCAAUUUUUGCAAUAAAAAUUCUUUUAUUUGUAGCUUUCAGAAUUUUUUAGCUUCUAUCAUCUAAUCAUGAGGCAAUUUGUUUUUGUCAGCACAAAGAUUUCCCAUUAUUGUAGUCUAUCUGUAACGAUGAGAAUUUUAAAAAAAUAUAUAUAUUUGGUCUGCUUCUUCAUAAACUGCGACCACGCUCCCAUUUUCCAUUUGUCCAGUCCAGUUAGUGCCAUCGAAACUCGUUUACUUUCAUUUAUAAAGGCAAAGGGUGUUUCUCCAUUUUGAGAACAUUUCAAAGUGUAAUGCAAUGAUAGUCAAAUUACCUUUACUUGCUUACUUUCUAACAAAUACAAUACAGCACAACACAAA